AUGAUGUUUUGUUUUGUUAACAAUUAUAACAUUGUUGCCAUUUUCCACUAAAUUCAGAUUACUUACGAAACAAUCCCAAAUAACAAAAGAAACGGUUACAAGCCGUGGAUGACUGUUGUGUUUUUUGACUUCUGCUUGACGUGUCACGACUCACGACCGCCAUGGAUGAAUUCUCUUCGUACCCUCCAAUUGAUCCCAACACCUUUGAUCUCAUACUCAUCGGCACUGGUUUACCGGAAUCUAUCAUUGCCGCCGCCGCCUCUUCCGCCGGGAAAAAUGUUAUCCACCUGGAUCCCAACCCCUACUAUGGCAGUCACUUCACCUCUCUUUCCAUUUCCGAUCUAACUUCUUUCCUCAAUUCACAUUCUACUCCUCCCAAACACCAACUCUCCACUACCACCACCGAUGGCCUGGACUAUACUGUACUGGAUCUCACUACCCGUUCUCUUUACUCUGACGUUGAGAUUUCAUCUUUUGCUCCUGAAACCAUCGCCCAACAUUCCAGAAGUUUCAACAUCGACCUUGGGGGACCUAGGGUUUUGUUCUGCGCAGACAAAGCCAUUGAUCUUAUACUGAAAUCUGGUACAAAUCAGUAUGUGGAGUUCAAGAGCAUUGAUUCGAGCUUCGUUUGCGAUGAUAAUGGGAAGUUAUGGAGUGUCCCGGACUCUCGAGCGGCUAUUUUUAAGGACAAGACUCUUAGUCUUACGGAGAAGAAUCAGUUGAUGAGAUUCUUCAAGCUGGUUCAGCAGCAUUUGGAGGCUUCUGAGGAAGAAGGUAGUCAGAAUUCGAGGAUUUCUACGAAGGAUUUGGAGAGCCCUUUUGUUGAAUUCUUGAUGAAACUGCGAUUACCUCCUAAGAUUAAAUCGGUUAUUCUGUAUGCUAUUGCCAUGGCUGAUUAUGAUCAAAACGACUUAGAGCUUUGCAAAGAUGUACUUAAGACUAGACAUGGGAUAGAACGUUUAGCUCUGUAUCACAAAUCAGUUGGCAGGUUUAUGAAUGCAUCUGGUGCCUUGAUUUAUCCAAUUUAUGGCCAUGGGGAGUUAUCUCAGGCCUUUUGCCGUCGUGCGGCUGUCAAAGGUUGCAUUCAUGUACUGAGAAUGCCAGUGAUUGCAUUGCUUAGGGACAAGGAGAGUGGGCAAUACAAGGGAGUUAGAUUAGCUUCAGGUCAGGAUUUAUUCAGCAAUCAGCUUGUUCUUGACCCAACCUUCACGGUCCCCUAUCCACCAGAGUCUCUCAAAGGAGCUCUAGAAGGUUUAAAUCUAAGAGAUGUUAAAGGAAAUGUGGCAAGGGGGAUAUGCCUUACAGCAAGUUCCUUGAAGGCAGAUGCAGUCAAUUUUCUUAUUACAUACCCUCCUCGAACUUUAUAUCCUGAGCAGAGUAUGUCAAUCCGAGCUUUGCAGAUUGGUGGCAGUCUGGCGGUUUGUCCCUCGGGCAUGUUUAUAUUGUACUUUUCAGCAUUGUGUGAUGAUGCAAAACAAGGGAAAAAUAUUUUACGUUCAGCUAUGAAUGCCCUUCUCAAGAUCCCAGUUUCUGAAGUUGCUGAAAGGAGUUCUGAAGAUCAAAAUCAAGAUGCAGAAGUAAAACCCACUUUGCUUUGGAGCGCAAUGUAUAUUCAGGAGUUGACUACGGGUCAUUUUGAUCAUAUCAGCUCCACACCCAUGCCAGAUGGAAAUCUUGACUACAAUGAUUUAUUAGAUGCAACUGUGAAGCUUUUUGAAAAGAUGUAUCCUUGUGAAGAAUUUUUCCCCGAGGUUGUGUCGUCGCCUGAUAGUAUCGAUGAUGAAGAUGACCUUGGUCCUCCAGAGAACUAAUCUUAUACAUGAGGAAUUCCUUUGCUGGCCUUUGCAAGUAUGUCGUUUGCUUGUGGAUGUUCUACACUACACGUUGAGGUCUCAAGUGCAGCUGUUUGUAUAUUAAGAACUUUCGAUUAGCACAGAAUCAGUACUGCACUGACUAUACAAAGAAGGUAGGCUAACAAAAGAGACGGGGCGAGUGUUGAUUUUUGUAGUAAAAGUUAUCUCACAUAUGUUUGAAUUGAAGAUGUAAAAAAAAAAAAAAAAGCCACUCUUAACAUUUAUUGCAGGAAUUCUCCUAUAGAAAACAGCAGAUAAGGAAAUUGAUUGGACGAGGGUCGAGGAUUGAGAAGAUAUUUAAUUAAGGAGGGUGAAGAUGGUGCGGUAGUGAUGUGGCUAUUGAAAUUAACCGAACUUAGGGAAGCUGAUGAAAGAAAAAAAAUAGUAAUUAAAUUAGUAUUAUUUUUAUUUAAUUUAUAAAAAUCGUAGUUGGAAUAAAUAAUAUUUUUAUUUUAAUUUAUGGCCGAUUAUGUAGUACCUCAGUUAAUUUUGAGAUUUGAGACACCUCAAUAAGUUUUAAGCCAUUGGAUUAAAAUGUAAGGUCAGUUUUUGGUAUCUAAUGUGUCCUA